GUGUCGCAUACUUGCUCUCUGUUGGUCCGGGGCUGGCUACAUGGAGCCCGAGCUGGAGCACGUACUGCGCAGGACCCCUUCCUGGAGCAGCCUUGGGGUUUCUGAGCAUCAAGAGAUGAGCUUCCUAGAGCAAAAAAACAGCAGCUCAUGGCCAUCACCAGCUGUGACCAGCAGCUCAGAAAGAAUCCGCGGGAAACGGAGGGCCAAUGCCUCGAGAUGGACAAGGCAGAAAGUAUUGGAGGAAGGGGAGCCACCAGGUCAGGGGGAAGGUCCCUGGUCCAGGCCAGCUGCUGAGUCCACCGGGCUGGAGGCCACAUUCCCCAAGGCCACACCCUUGGCUCAAGCUGAUCCUGCCAGGGUGGGCACUCCACCAGCAGGGUGGGACUGCCUCCCCUCUGACUGUACAGCCUCAGCUGCAGGCUCUAGCACAGAUGAUGUGGAGCUGGCCACGGAGUUCCCAGCCACAGAGGCCUGGGAGUGUGAGCUAGAAGACCUGGUGGAAGAGAGGCCUGCCCGGUGCCUGUCCCUGCAGGCCCCAUUUCCCAAGCUGGGCUGGGAUGACGAACUGCGGAAACCCGGCGCCCAGAUCUACAUGCGCUUCAUGCAGGAGCACACCUGCUACGAUGCCAUGGCAACUAGCUCCAAGCUGGUCAUCUUCGACACCAUGCUGGAGAUCAAGAAGGCCUUCUUUGCUCUGGUGGCCAACGGUGUGCGGGCAGCCCCUCUAUGGGACAGCAAGAAGCAGAGCUUUGUGGGGAUGCUGACAAUCACUGACUUCAUCCUGGUGCUGCAUCGGUACUACAGGUCCCCCUUGGUCCAGAUCUAUGAGAUUGAACAACAUAAGAUUGAGACCUGGAGGGAGAUCUACCUGCAAGGCUGCUUCAAGCCUCUGGUCUCCAUCUCUCCUAAUGACAGCCUGUUCGACGCUGUCUACACUCUCAUCAAGAACCGGAUCCAUCGCCUGCCUGUUCUGGACCCGGUGUCAGGCAACGUACUCCAUAUCCUCACACACAAACGCCUGCUCAAGUUCUUGCAUAUCUUUGGUUCUCUGCUGCCCCGGCCCUCCUUCCUGUACCGCACUAUCCAAGAUUUGGGCAUCGGCACAUUCCGAGACUUGGCUGUGGUGCUGGAGACAGCACCCAUCCUGACUGCACUGGACAUCUUUGUGGACCGGCGUGUGUCUGCACUGCCUGUGGUCAACGAAUGUGGUCAGGUCGUGGGCCUCUAUUCCCGCUUUGAUGUGAUUCACCUGGCUGCCCAGCAAACCUACAACCACCUGGACAUGAGUGUGGGAGAAGCCCUGAGGCAGAGGACACUAUGUCUGGAGGGAGUCCUUUCCUGCCAGCCCCAUGAGAGCUUGGGGGAAGUGAUCGACAGGAUUGCUCGGGAGCAGGUACACAGGCUGGUGCUAGUGGAUGAGACCCAGCAUCUCUUGGGCGUGGUCUCCCUCUCCGACAUCCUUCAGGCACUGGUGCUCAGCCCUGCUGGCAUCGAUGCCCUCGGGGCCUGAGAAGAUCCGAGUCCUCAAUCCCAAGCCACCUGCACACCUGGAAGCCAAUGAAGGGAGCCGGAGAACUCAGCCUUCAUCUUCCCCCACCCCCAUUUGCUGGUUCAGCUGUGAUUGAGGCUUCUUCAGUCCUCCCAAAUUGCCCUUGCCCUACCUGUGCUCCCAGAAGCCCUCAGGCAUGCCCAGUGCACCAUGGGAUGAUGAAAUUAAGGAGAACAGCUGAGUCAAGCUUGGAGGUCCCUGAACCAGAGGCACUAGGAUUACCCCAGGGCCAUCUGUGCUCCAUGCCCACCCAUCCCCUUGCCGCCUAACUGGGUCAGACGGCCCCAGUGGGUUUAGUCAGGGCUUCUGGAUUCCUCGGUUUCUGGACUACCUAUGGCUUCAGCCUUCAGCUCCUGGGAGUCCCAGCUGUUGUUCCCAGCAACGUUGCCACUGCCCUCCUACUCUCCAGGCUUUGUCAUUUCAAGGCUGCUGAAAUGCUGCAUUUCAGGGGCCACAUGGAGCAGCCAUUAUUUAUAGAACUGCCUGUUGGAGGUGGGGAGUCCUCCCUCCAUUCUUGUCCAGAAAACUUAGCUCUCGCAGUGAGCCAUGUUCUUAGUCCCCAGGGAUGGAUGGCCUUGUAUAUGGACCCCUGAGAAUGAGCAAUUGAGAAAACAAAACAAAAGGAAGAAUCCACGAACUUAGAUUUUAUAGGUUUCACUCAAAAUGCUGCAGUCACUUGACCUGAACUUGUGGCAAGAGCCUUGUGCUUUGUAAAUUCAAAGACAAGAAGGAAAAUUGAUAAAAAUCACAGGUGGCAUUUCUUUUGCAAUGUAGCACUAUUCUACUGAAAUUUCUUUCUUCUCCUUUCUUUACAAAAUCGUAAAGAAAAUAUUAAUUCAUUACUUAUAUAGUAGGUACAACUCAGCCUACAAACUCUAAUCUGCAAGAAGCAUAACUUUAUUUUUCUAAUACAGAACGUAAUUUCUAUUAGGAACCCCGUUUCAGCAGAUGGUAGAAAUUAAUCUCAGUCAAUUCAAAGUCUCCCCCUGACCUUUUCCUGGGGUUAAGCUCGGUCGGGUGGGGAUGUGGCUUUAAGUCAUGUAAGACUCUCUUCCUCAGCCAUCAUCAUCCGUCCAUGCCAGCACCUGCUUGGACAUCCCGUCCCCAUCUGGUCAUCAGUUGGCCAUGCAUGGUCUGCCAGGGGCUCCUUCACUUCCACAAAGCCUAUUUGGGGACCUGUGGCUUGG